AGCCCUCGAGGGGUGGUGUGUUUGAAACCGUAACCCCAAAAAACCCUUCACCCCACCUCGCUUCUCACACUCUCAUCCUAUCCAUCAAAAACCCUUCACCCCCCAUAUGUAUAUACGACACAAUCCUCCCUGCAGAUGAAGAAAGCUGCGUCUGGUGACGAUGAUCGUCUCGUGCAGCAUCUGUAGCAGCGAAUUCACGAGCACAGGGGAGCUCGAGCCGCGGCAACUUUGAUUGAGCUGUGGUACAUACAGAGCUGUGGUUGUCAGUGACUGUGAGGGAGGGGGCUGUGAAUGUGUGACCGUGGUUUGUUGAGAAGAUAAUGUCCCCUGCCCGCGUCAAUACACUCAACUACACCCAACCGAUCAAGCAGUCCCUCUAAUUAUCCAUCCAUCGCUCACACACACGCAGCCGCCAGCCGUGGAGCGGCUGCGUGGAUGGAGUUUGCGACGAGCCCGCCGUGGAAAGAGGCCCUUCACGAUGCCACCGUAGCGACGCACCUCGUGCGCUGCCCGGGACUUGGCCGCUUUCUGGAAGCAGACGAUGCAGGGCUGCUGGUCGCUGAAGUGGAAGCCCUUCUUCUGCCCAACGCCCCGCAGCCCGUGGUGGGCCACACGAACGCGCGCCUUUUUGUGCUGCAAAGACCACACAGACGGAGAGACAGAGAUGGAUUCUGUGUGUGAAGGUUCCCCUGCACAUGUGUAUGUCGCGUACCAGUUUGCCCGUGUUGAGUGAGUAUCGCUUCCUCUUGCGCGACUGUGGGUUGGCCGGCAGCAUCUCCUCGUCCUGGUCCUUGUCC